CGACGGACAAUAAUUUCACGCGGCGUUUCCGUCGAGCCGCAGGCAGUGGAGAUGAUGAUCUACGGCUCAGAUCUUUAUUAGCUCCUCUGGACUGGAAGGAAUUUCUCCAUCCUUUUGGUUCUCUCUCUCCGCCGUGGAGGAGCUCUCUCCGCCUUCAGCCCCCUUCGAUUGCGAUCGCCGAUCCACCGCACCCAUCGAUAUUCUCCUACUAGAUGUGUGGUGUCAGGCUGGUUGAUUUCAGGGAGAAGAAUAUCAAAGCUAUAUAUUUUCUUGUGACCAUUGGAUUGAAGAAGAGAUUCUUUUAGGUGUCGGUUGCUUCGCGAAAGAUGAUGUCAAAGAAGGAUAGGUUUUCUGGAGGAUAUUCUGCUGGGUUUGCCACUAAUUAUGAGUUGGAAGAUUCUGGAAGCUCAGGUAGAGUAGUUACUGGAAUAGGGGGUUCACAGGCUUCAACAGCACAUAGAAGAAAGUGGGUCAAUUUAAAUUCCACUUCUGAUGAUGUGUUUUCUGUCCCCCUCCAAGUUAUACCCUUGUCUAAAUUAUCGCCUUCAGAGAGAUGGAACUUAGUACGGGAGUUGAGAUCCGACCUUGAACGGACUCGUAUUCUCCAGAAAAAGAUUGAACUUCACAGAACAAAUACUGUACCUGCAUCAUCAUGCAGUGACAUUCUUAGCUGCAGCAAUACAAAAAAACGACCCUCCGCAGGGAGCAUAAAAAAAUCUUCUGGUCCGGGGAAGAAAUCAGGCUCGAAUUCUCUUGGACAGAAGCCCCGAGGAUGGAACAUGGGUUCAUCCGGAAGGGUUGACUCUGCAAAACAGGCUCCAGAACAAUCAAGUUUGAAUUCAACCUUACUUAAGCAAUGUGGAAACUUGUUGAAAAGCUUAAUGACACAUGAACAUGGCUGGGUUUUUAAUAAACCCGUCGAUCCAGUAGAGUUAAACAUCCCAGAUUAUUUCACCGUCAUUAAGCAUCCAAUGGAUCUUGGAACCAUAAAGAAGAAACUGACUUCUGGUCAGUACUCGAGUCCACUAGACUUUCUUGCUGAUGUUAGGUUAACUUUUUCCAAUGCCAUGACGUACAAUCCACCUGGAAAUCAUUUCCAUUUAUUGGCUGAUACUCUCUGUAAGUUUUUUGAAAUGAGAUGGAAACUUAUCGAGAAGAAAAUUCCUAGCAGUGUUGCUGAAUCAGCAGAAAUUAACUCUGGUCUACACGAAGAAAGCGAAACAACUAAACCUGUAUCUUCAAAGCCUAUAUCUUCAAAACCUGUAUCUUCUUCAAAGAAGAGGAAACUUUCUCCUGAACAGCAUAUGGUAGUCCCAGAACCACCUAAACCGAGGAUGAGUAAUGAAGAGAAAAACAGAUUAAGCGAAGAAUUGGCAGCCUCACUGGCAGAUUUACCAGACAACAUAAUUGAGUUUCUUAAGGAACAGAGUUCUGGUGGAGCAGAGGCGGGAGAAGAUGAAAUCGAGAUUGAUAUUGAUGUUCUCAGUGAUGAAACAUUAUUCAAAUUGAGAGUACUACUGGAUGAAUUUUUGCAUCAGAAACAAAAAAGCAGUACAAAAGCAGAGGCUUGCGAGAUUGAGCUUCAAAACGAGUCGGGCUUUAGCAAUUCAUCCCUGCAACUAGACAAAGGUAAUGAUCUUGCUGAGGAUGAGAUUGACAUUGGUGGAAAUGAGCCUCCCGUAUCAAGUUAUCCCUCGAUUGAAAUCGAAAAGGAUACUGCUUUACAGAGUAAUGAAUGUGAAAAUGCGCGGGAUCCGACUAGAAAUUCAGGUUUGGCCUACAGUAGCUCUUCCGAUCAUGAUUCCCACGGAGAAAAGGCUUCUGCUCUUACAAAGCAGGAUCAGAGUUGUCUUGCAGGAAGCAUAGAUGGAAAAGAUUCUAUCAGUUUGUUUGGUCAAGUUGAACAAAACUCCCAACAAAAGCUGGAUUCUGUUGAUGAUGGGGAGAUGUUUCAAAGUGAUAGGCCAGCAUCUCCUGAAAAGCUCUAUAGGGCUGCUUUAUUGAAGAAUAGAUUUGCUGAUACAAUUUUAAAGGCUCGAGAAAAGACACUUGGUCAGGUUGAGAAGGGGGAUGCCGAACAACUCCGCCGUGAAAGGGAGGUACUUGAGAUGCAGAGAAAGAAAGAAAAAGCCAGACUGCAGGCAGAAGCAAAAGCUGCAGAGGAGGCUCGAAAACGAGCAGAAGAGGAGGCUGCUUUUGAGGCCAAAAGAAAAAGGGAAUUUGAAAGGGAAGCUGCAAGGCAAGCACUGCUCAAGAUGGAACAGACGGUUGAGAUCGAUGAGAAUUCCAGGUUCCUUGAAGAUCUGGAGCUGUUGAGAGUGGGCUCUGCUGAACAAGUGCUCAGCCCACUAACUGAGGCCAGCCCACAACUUUCACAGGACGGUUUAGGCAGUUUCAAGUUCACGGGCAGUAAUCCUCUGGAACAGCUUGGUCUGUUUAUGAAGGUUGAUGAUGAUUUUGAAGAAUGUGAGCCGCCCCCGGCUCCUUCUAGUGCUCCAAAAGGUACAAACGACGUAGAGGAAGGUGAGAUUGAUUAGGUGUGGGGCCUACUUGGUUUUCCCGAGUGUUCUCACUGCCAGGGAUGAAAUGAACAUCCCCCCCUGCUGUUCUGCUAAGGGCAGAAAAUAUCGUCCAUCCUGAAUUGGUAAGGACAAUGAUGAUGAUGAUCACAUUUGAACACAACUUGUGUUGUAAUUCAGAAAGAAAAAAAACAAAUGGCCAAGUUUCCUACAAGCUUCCCAGCUGGGGUGUGACAUUUUGGAGUUAAAAUUAUGAUUCUACCCGCGUUGCAUGUGAUAACCGACUUUAAAACGCAAGGGUAAAACAGUGAUUUCACCUCUUUAAAUGUCAUAAGGCGGCGAACUUGGAUGCAAUGAUCGUAGUCAAACUAUACGUGCUGUUUAGAGUGUUGCGAGGAAGAGACAUUUUCAUUCCCUUCUUCUUGGAAAUAAGAGUAGCAGUAGAUUAUAUUUGCCAUACAUGAAAGUUUUGUCUGUAAAUCUGUAAUAUAGAUACAGGUAAUUAUUAUAUAAUGUUAGCUAGACUUUCUUUUACCUUUGUGAGUAUUUCAUGAGAUUUUCUUUUGUGAAAUUAGGCUUUCUUAAUAUUA